AUGGCUCCAUUAUACUUGUACCAAAUGCCGAACAGUAAAAUGAGUCCGACGACCCCAACGGAAACUCCGAUGAUGAUGCCGAAGGUGGUGGAGGAGGAGGAGGAUGAAGAUGAAUCGGAAUCAUCAUCGGAUGGUGAAAAAAACGACGUCGGUGGUGGAAAUGUGGGGAAAGAUGGUGUCCACGACCAAGGCUGA